UAUAACGAAUAAAUGUUUAUGGAGCCUGUUAUUUUCUAUGUCGCCAUUCGUAACGUUUAUUUUUUGUUAUUCGUCGUUUAAACACCAUACCUGGAAAAUUUAUAUAAUAAAAGUCAAGGACUAGAUGGACGGAAGAUAUAGUCAAAGUAACCCGAAAAACCUGGAUGCAAAUAGCCCGUGACCGGAGAUAAUGGCGUGCAAAUGACUCACAUUCAGCAGUGGAUGUAGAAAAAACGCGCCGUUUCAUGAUCGCAAUCAGCAUAGCUAUCUUAUCAGUGGCAAGUUAUCAUAGACGAUAAUUUCAUAUCAAAGUAUUAGAUAACAAUUUUACAUAUAAGUCACUGCUUACAACAAUAUUCAAAUAAUUGUUGUUUGAAGCUGCACAAUAUCCUUCUUAUCAACACUUACAAUGACUGAAUUUGAGUUUGACAGUCACAUGAGUGACUUAAGUGUUGAACAGAGAGAAUUAAUUGCCAAUGUGUUUAAGGAGCACGAAUUCAAAGAUAUAAAAAUUAAGGUACAGCCAGUGGGCAGUGAAGGAGAUAACUUUGGAGCUAACGUGAAAAGAAUCAUCGGAGAAAAGGAUGAUAAAACCUUCAAAAUUAUUGCUAAAAUCGCUCCAAAAACGGAAAUGUUACGAGUUAUGGCAAAUACUGUUAUCUUUUUCAAAAACGAGCAUGUUAUGUACACUGAAGUGUUACCUAAGUUUACUGAAUUAGAAAAAGCUGCAAAUAUUCCAAAGGAGGAAAGACUAAGAUACGCAACUUGCUAUGGAACAUAUUUAGAAGCACCGAAUGAAAUGAUUCUUCUGGAAGAUUUAGAAGUACCUGGAUACAAGAUGCUUGAUAAGGUCACCUCAUUGUCAGAUGAAGCUGUGAAACUGGUUCUCAAAAAUUUCGCUAUGCUACAUUCUUUAUCAUAUGCUUUGAAAUAUGAACAAAGAGAAACGUUUGAAAAGUUUUGUCAGAGACUUGUUAACACAUGGGUACUCAUGGCCGGCGUUCCCGAAAUGAUUGAUUAUUUUGAGAAACUUGAGGUCGAUGUGCAAACAUUAAUAGACGACGACAAAUACAAGAAUGCAAUUAAAAACACAAUAGGUCAGGUGAUUUUACGUGCAUCGGAACUAGCCAAAACGUAUUCCAGUUCGAAAUUCUCCGUAAUUCAGCAAGGAGAUUCGUGGACCAAUAACAUUAUGUUCAGACUUGAGGAUGACAGAGCAGUUGAGUGCUGUAUGAUCGAUUAUCAACUAUCUAAACGGAGUAGUCCCGUCGCUGACCUUCAUUGUCUGAUCUUCAAUUGCACUGACUACGCUACAAGAGCGAAGCAUUUUUAUGACUGGAUCGAUUAUUAUUACUUGCAAUUGGAUAAAAGAUUGGCCAAGUUCGAAUUAAAGACCGAGGAAGUUUAUCCUAGAUAUCAACUCGAAGCAGACUUAAAACUGUUUGCCAAGUUCUCUCUUGGGCAUGCUAUUGUAAUGGCUGGCCUAGUGUUCAGAGAGGCAGGAAAUGCGACUGAACUUAAGAAAGCAAUGAAUAACGACGAUCCUAAUAAAUAUAUGGAUGGGAUGAUUGAACAAACAAAACUUUCAACUUCAGAUCCUGCAACGAUAAAAAAGUUUAAAACAAGAUUAGAAGAGCUUGUCGAUAGUUUUAUUGAGUUUGGGUAUAUAAAUGCGUCUAAGAUUGUAUAGCGUUAUUUAAAAACAUAAUGCUCGUUAUAUUUGGUCAAUUUGGUUGUAUUAAGAUGAUUAAACUGUUCGUACUCUGCUUUAAGAAGUUAAACUCGCUUAUUUGUUUUACACCACUUUAACUAGCGUGACCGCGUGGAUGCAUUUCCAGUAAGUUAACAUCGAAAUUUCAAUUCGGUUAGGAACCAUUACCUGGUGAUUUUGUAUAGCUUAAAAACUUUCAUUAUUGUUAUAUUAUGGUUUUUGUUCGUAUUUAGCACGCCAUAAACGAUGUAUAUUUCGUGUUUCUUUUGUUUGACUAUAUAAUUAACAAAUUUUGCUGCAUUGAAGAAGCGUAUAGAAACCAUGAGAGUAUUUCGGAACGUAAAAGGAAAAACCGCAAGAUGUGGGAUAUUUAAUGCGUUAUUUUUUAAUUUAUUUCCAAAUGUUGAAUUCUGCACCUCUUAGACCUCCACUUGGUACACGAACGUUCGUGUUGAUAUCAACCUUAAUGAAUUCAUAGUUAGCAUUUAUAACCGCCAUUAACGUAAAUACUGCGCGUUCUUUUGUAGUUGAAAUAAUAUAUGAUCCCGAACCACGAGGUUUAUUUAUUUCCACGUGCUUGCCCUUUAAAGUACCAAGCACAUAAGAAACAUUGCAUUCCAAAUCUUUGGAAAUGAUUUCCUAUUCCUCGACUGUUUCCGGUAAUUGGAAAAUUAAUCAACACCCACCAACUAUGUAUUAUGUCCGUAAUAACAGCUCGACGCCAACUCUAAUACAUUACAGCUCCAAGCCAACGCCGCAGUAUAAGACCGAUUCUUUAUAUAGCCAGCAAUUGUCUACAAUACUAUUAUCGGAAACACAACAGCUGCCAUACAGUACAUGAACUAUUCCAACAGCAAAAUGGGUUUGAACAAAAUGAAUCAUUAUUCAACACUCAAAAAUAAUAAUUCAAUAUUCUAAAAUGAAUAAGUCUGCUUUUCCUCAGUUUAUUACAUAAAUGAUUUCCAUAAGGCAUUGUGUGGAAAUAGCACUACGACAUUUUCAAUCUCAGAGAGUAUUUGUUAAAAGAACUUGGGCCAAGAAGGCCAAGAACUGUGGAAGUUAUCGAGACGUGACCGUGCAGGGAAUGUGUGCUGAAAUUAAAUAGCGCCUUGCUGCAAAUUUGUUUAUUGGGAUUUGUUUCACACAAAUG